AUGCUGGCGGUGGGGCAGAUGGACGGCAGCCCCCGGCAGAGCGCCUUCCUGCUCGGCAGCCCGCCCCUGGCUGCCCUGCACAGCAUGGCCGAGAUGAAGACCCCGCUGUACCCGGCGUACCCGCUGCCCGCCGGGCCGGCCUCCUCCUCCUCCUCCGCCUCGUCCUCCGCCUCCCCCUCCCCGCCGCUGGGCUCCCCCAACCCGGCCGGCCUCAAGCCGCCAGCCCUGGCCAGCCCCCCGCAGCAGCUCUCGGCCGCCACCCCGCACGGCAUCAACGACAUCCUGAGCCGGCCCUCCAUGCCCCUGGCCGGGGCCGCCCUGGCCUCCUCGUCGCCCUCCGGCUCCUCCUCGUCCCCCGCCGGCCUCCUGGCCGGCCUGCCCCGCUUCAGCAGCCUCAGCCCCCCGCCACCGCCCCCCGGGCUCUACUUCAGCCCCAGCGCCGCCGCCGUGGCCGUGGGCCGCUACCCCAAGCCCCUGGCCGAGCUGCCCGGCAGGACCCCGAUCUUCUGGCCGGGAGUGAUGCAGAGCCCCCCCUGGAGAGACGCGCGGCUCGCUUGCACCCCCCAUCAAGGUUCAAUUUUGCUGGACAAAGACGGAAAGAGAAAACAUACAAGACCCACUUUUUCUGGCCAGCAGAUUUUCGCCCUGGAAAAGACUUUUGAGCAGACCAAAUAUUUAGCAGGACCAGAGAGAGCCAGGCUAGCCUAUUCACUGGGGAUGACAGAGAGUCAAGUCAAGGUUUGGUUCCAGAACCGGCGCACCAAGUGGCGGAAGAAGCAUGCGGCGGAGAUGGCCACGGCUAAGAAGAAGCAGGACUCGGAGACCGAGCGGCUGAAGGGGGCCUCGGAGAACGAGGAGGAGGACGAUGACUACAACAAGCCUCUGGACCCCAACUCCGACGACGAGAAGAUCACCCAGCUGCUGAAGAAACACAAGUCGAGCAGCAGCAGCUUGCUCCUGCACACGUCUGAGAACGAGAGCUCCUCUUAAAGGGGGUUCCAGAGGAGGGGGCCGGGGCCCAGGCGGACUCGGAGGACACUUGCUAUUUUCUGAGAUGUUGUACAUAUCUAUUUUUCUAGACUUUAUCACCUGAAGGAGAGGAGGAAGAGGCAGAAAAAAACGGCGAGUAAACAAACAUCCAAACCAGCGCUUCCCUGCUCCUUUCGCCUGGCCCUUGGCCGCUGGUGCUGGCGCGGUUAUUGUAGGGUCGCAGGGGGGGCUGUCUUCUUUUGCAGACUUCAGAGCAGCUGAGGGGGGAAGGAGGGACCUACUUCCACCCACACAGCUCCUGCUGGGCGGACUAAAGCAACCUGUUGAAGGCUCUUUGUAAAUAAAUCGUGAGUCACACUGACUAUAGAAGUUACUUUACUGUGAAUAUUUAAAAUGUAAAAUACUUUUUUUUUUAAUAGAAAGGU